AUGGAGGCUCGCUCUUCACGUCUACCACUCAAGAGGAAGGCUUCCUCUUCUGCAGCGACAUCAACCGCGAAAUCUCGAACAGCAGUACCUGUAAAAUCGGUGUCCAAUGACUCUUUCAAGACAUCAAAUUUCAAGCCCACAAAUGCAAAGCCGCUUGAUGAGAACGCACAAAAGUAUUGGGAAGGAAAACUUAAAGAUCUCAAAGAAGUCACUGACAGCGAGUUAAGCAAAAUCGUCGAAAUGGAGAGAAUGCGUGAUCGCAUGCAACUAAUUGAACGCGAACAACUAGAAGCUCGUAAAAGACAAGCAACAACGGAUGAAUUGAAUGAUGCUAAAUCUCAACAUGCCGAUCAACUUUCAAUAUUGGAACAGCAGCACAAAGAUCGUGUAGAUGAACUAGAAUCUCAAGUAUCUUAUCUUGAAAAGAUACACAAAGCUCUUGGAGAGGAACUGAACAUGGAAAAAACUCACUCAAAGAAGCUUAAGUCUGAGUUAGCCAAAUAUACAAAUAACUCUAUGGCGUUGGAAUCUGAUGCCAAGGUUAUCAAGCAAGCUUUAGCCGAUGCUGAGUUCAAGCUUAGUAAGGCAAAAGAAAGUGGUGCAACCAGAGAAGACGAAAUGAUGGUCAUGCAAAAUAAAUUGAGAGAGAUGGAAGAUGAACUAAGAGCUGGUGAAACCUUGAGAAAGAGGCUACAUAACACUAUUCAGGAGUUGAAAGGAAAUGUUAGAGUUUUUGCACGCGUUAGACCAAAAUUACAACGCGAUCACACGAGUCAAGUAGCUAGAUUGGUCUACCCAGACGGACUCAACAAAGAUGGUGGCAAACAGAUCACUCUAGAAUCCUCAACUACCACUGCUGAAGGUAAAAACCGUGAUCAAAGCUAUAAUUUCACUUUCGAUCGAGUUUUCGGUCCACAGUCUUUGCAAGAUGAGAUUUUCAGUGAAAUUGAGCAACUUACUCAAAGCGUACUUGACGGAUAUAACGUCUGCAUAUUCGCAUAUGGUCAGACUGGAAGUGGCAAGUCGUGGACAAUGGAAGGCGGUUCACAUACAGGCAGAGAUGCAGGUAUGAUUCCGAGAGCAAUAUAUCACAUCUUUGACACUACACGUAAAUUGGAGGAUCAAGGGUGGUCAUUCGAUAUGCAAGGACAGUUUUUAGAGAUUUACAAUGAGACAAUAAACGAUCUGCUAGGCUCGGGCGAACAAGAGAAGAAACACAAUAUUACACACGAUAAGAAUGGCUCAACGACAGUUUCCGAUGUGGUUGUUGUACCACUACACGAGCCAAGUAAUGUACAUAAUCUGUUGAAGAAGGCAAAUAAGAAGCGUACGACAGCAACCACUAGAGUACACGAGCAAUCUUCUCGUAGCUCAAGUGUAUUUAGCUUAAAACUGCAUGGGAAGAAUGAUGUUACUGGUGAAGAGCUGAGAUCGGUGCUCAACCUGGUUGAUCUAGCAGGUUCGGAGAGGUUAGAUUCAACUGGCACUCUCAGUGACCCUGUUAGAUUGAAAGAGACACAAUCCAUCAAUAAAUCACUCAGCUCACUAUCAGACAAACUCGAAGCUGACAUACUUAUUACAAAACAGUUUGAACAGCAAUAG